AUGAGCAUGUCGACCGUGACGCCGCUGGCCGAGGCGCUUUCCACGCUGGAAAGCCAGCUUCAGCAAUGGGUCGAGUGUCUUCCACAUACUCUUUACUUCAACCCGCCGCUGAAUUUGAUGCCCGCACUUAACGAGCCGGAACUAGUCAAGUUGGCGAGAGAACGAUACGUGGAGGUUCGAGAACUGUUAUGUCGGGCGUAUCUGUACCUCUGCAUUCAUGUGCCACUUGACCUUGAGCUCGCACAAAGCUACGGGCCCAAGGCAAGCGAGGCACUGCUGCUGUCUGUGUAUCGAAUUCAAACUGAAGUCCCCUUCUUUCGACAUCCCGGGUCAUGGGGCGCAUGCCGUGUGCGGUUCAACCACGCGUUGUGUCUUAUCGCUGCUUUUCGAGGCAAAAUGAAUGGCAUCAGAUCGAUGGACUAUGUUAGUAUUCCCGCGUCAUGGGCUGACUGCGUUCGAGCGGUGGUCGAGCGAUUAAGGGUUUGGAGCGAGGAAGGCGCCGGGAUCAAGGAGUUGCUCAUUUUGUUGGAGUGGCUGAUGCAGGGAGUCGUAGCCGGGUAG